CAAAGCUAAAAUGGCUGCUUUCACAAAAUAAAACGUGCGUUUAAUUUGUAUGAAUAUGCUGACUAAAGUUGUAUAUUUUGUAACCAGGUCAUUGCCAUGGUUGGCGGUCAGGGGAAUGUCAUCUAAGAUUCCCAAAGAACCCACAUGGGAUGAGAUUGAUCCAGACAAGUUACCAGAUGAACGAAAGAUAGAUUCUGAAACAGUGCGUAAAUUGGAGAGAUUAGCACUAGUCAAGUUUAGUGAUGAAGCUGGUAUAGAAAGGUUAUCACGAGCGGUAAGAUUUGCUGAUCAGUUAUUACUAGUAGACACAGAAGGCGUGGAGCCAAUGGACACAGUUCUAGAAGACAGAGCUUUGUAUCUACGUGAAGACAUAGCCAAUGAAGGUUUCUGUAUGGAAGAAGUUAUGAAAAAUGCUGAAAAAACCUUUGAAGAAUAUUUUGUGGCUCCUCCAGGUAAAUAA